AUGAUGAGAACGUCGCUCCUUAUAUCAGAGUUGAUAUUGUGCUGCAGCGGGCUGCUGUAUCCACAGGUAAGUAAUGCAAAUCCGUCUUUGCUUUUUUGAUGGCUAGAGGAGUACUUGAAUUAAUCACAGCAAAUUUUAUAAAGCUCUUUGGGAGGGCAGCCGACAAAUUCAACACUGUUUGUUGACAACACGGUGCGCAAAGUGUGAAAUCAAACCAGAAAAAAAAUGUUUGAUAGUAUCUUUUUGAAAAUGUAUUCUUGGUGGCGUCUCCAGAACGAGACAACAUUUCAAAAUAUAAAACAAAGCUCAAAAAUAUUCUCAAAAUAAAUAUGCAAUAUAUUUAAUCCAAACCUGUUAGCUAGCUGGUAGUUUUAGCGCCCCUUUUUGAGGAUAUCCCCACAAAAGAAUUGUCUUUUUUAGCGCAAUGAAAUCCGCGGCCUCGACUCGCUUGAUGGCCUAUGGACAUUUGUUCGCGAGCCGCCUCUAGCGUUCAACCUUGGAAUUAUCAACAAAUGGUUUCAACGAGACCUCGCAAAGUUCUCAAAUGCCACACGAAUGCCGGUCCCGGCGGCUUUCAACGAUUUGCUGACAGAUAGAGAUGCUCGGAAUCAUGUUGGUUGGGUUUGGUACCAAACCAUUUAUUACCGGAGAGCCAGCGAUGCCAGUAAGCGGUUGAUAUUGCGGUUUGGAGCUGUAAAUUACAGGGCGAUCGUGGUAGGUCAGCAUAGGCAAUUCAAUACGUUAAAAUCUCUUCUAGUACAUAAACGGUCAAGAAGCCGGCCAACAUGUUGGGGGAUAUCUUCCGUUUGAAAUCGAGCUCCCGGAGAAUACCAUCGAAUAUGUGAUCACAGUCGCAGUAAACAACAUUUUGAAUGGUGGGACCAUUCCACAAGGCACUUACACGGGUGGCCGAUUUGGAAAUGUCUCCUACGCUUAUGAUAGAGCCAAUUGCGACUUCUUCAAUUAUGCCGGGAUUCUGAGGCCUGUUUCUGUUCAAGUGUUGGACAAAGUGUACCUCAACUCAUUAAAAAUCACAACGGAAGGACCAAGUAAGAAAGACUAUAUAAGAUUCAAUUUAUAUACAUCUUUUUAGACAUAUUGAACUAUUCGUUGACCGUUGACAAUACUAAGCUGCCAAUUAUCAUCUACAUGACCCUAUACGACCCGGAUGGGAAACGAGUACAACAAGUUAAGUGGCCAGCGCCUUUUAAACCUAUCGAAAACGUGCAGUUUUGGUGGCCAAGAGGCUAUGGAGAGGCCAAGCUGUAUAAAUUACAGGUAGAUUAGGCAGUCAGUUUGUAUUGUUUAGAUCAAAGUGACCUCGCAAGGCCAAGUCUUGGACUCCUACACAGAGAGCUUCGGAUUCAGAACGGUUGAAUUCAAAAGUAGGCAAAUCUUUGUGAACGACAAGCCGUUUUAUUGCAUCGGCUUUGGAAUGCAUGAGGAAUAUGAGGCAAGUUUUGCGGCUUCAGCCGGGUUUCUAACCUUCAUAAGUCAAAGACCGCGCCUACAACUGUAAUUUUCAGCUCCAUGGCCGAGCCUACAAUCCGGUCGGAAUAACCAAGGACUUGAAUAUGUUUGAGUGGCUCCAUUCGAAUUGCUACCGGACUUCUCAUUAUCCCUAUACGGAGGAGAGAGCCUACGAAGCAGAUAGAAGAGGAAUAAUGGUGAUUACAGAAGCUCCGGCGGUCAGUUUGAGGUAAGUGUUAUAAAUCACCAAGUGACUUGUGAAGGUGGUUCUUUGUUUAUCACGGCCAAUUUUCAUGUUAACCUCGCCUUUGUCUUCUAAAAACCUUCUACUUAAACUUUUAGCACAUUCAACAACCCUCGAAUGCUGGCGCUUCACAAGCAAAUGAUCCAUGAGAUGAUUAGCCGGGAUCAAAAUCAUCCCUCGGUUAUGGCGUGGUCCUUGGCCAACGAACCACUAUCCUGGAACAGCGGCGCCGGCGCUUACUUCAAGAACAUAACCGCGUACGCGAGAAGUUUAGACAACCGACCUCUUGGCGUUAUUUACGGGGCGAGCGGAGAUUUUAGCGACAAUCAGAAGACGGCAGAGACCUUGGACUUUUUUGGAAUCAACCACUACGACGGCUGGUACACACACUUGGACAUGAUGGAUCUGCUCGAGACAGGGAUGUACAAGACAAUGAAGAGUGCGCAUAACUUGUAUCCAGAUAAGGUUUUAUUUAUCACGGAAUAUGGCGCCGAAGCGCUACCAGGUUACAGUCAAGUAAGGGUUUAUUGCCAGGAGGAGAAGUCUUAUUGGCUUGUAUAAUAAAUACAUUCAAUUUUAUCUCUCAUCUGAUUUCCUGCGGGUUUAUCCACCGAUUGCAGGUGCAAGGAGCCCCCUUUACGGAGCAGUAUCAGCACGAUGUUUUGAAAGAGAAUUUCAACGCCAUUGAUCGUCUCAAGGACGAAACAAUCAUUGCUGGUGAGAUGAUAUGGACAUUUGCUGAUUUUAUGACUCAUCCAGGUAAGCAAGGCUUUUUUUAUGUCUUUAUAUCCAACUUUUAGAUACCACAAGGGCCUAUGGGAACCAUAAAGGAGUGCUGACUCGACAACGACAGCCUAAACGCUCGGCAUAUUUAGUGAGAAGGCGAUAUAAAAACAUUUUCAAAGAGUUGCAGAGCUUGUGA